CAAGCUGGAAUGUGACCAAUCAUUCAGCCGCAGACAUCAUUUGUAUCGAACACGAGCUCCAAUCAAUCAGCCUGCAAAUGGAACCAGCGCAUAUAUAAGCAUCAGCCUUACAACCAUGAAGUCCAGAAUCUGGUUUUCUCUUUUCACCGCCGCUUUUUCUAUUACCAACCCUCACGUAACCACAACAUUCCAACAUGUCCAGCGAAAAUGAGACCCUCUCAGAAGGGCAAUAUCACCGAGGCGGGGCAGACGACCUGCGCUCCCCAUGUCCCAUCCUCAACUCCCUCGCAAACCACGGCUACAUCGCUCGCGACGGCCGUAACAUCACCGGGAGCGACCUAAAGGCAGCGCUAGAACACAUCGGGCUCGGCUUCGACACCGCAGGAGGCCUCGUGAAGAUCGCCUUCCAAGACCAUGUCGACCCACCCGAAGGCAGCCCACGUACGACCGCCAACUUCGGCCUACGCGACGCCGGCCAAGUCAACGAAGACGGGGAGCCCGUGCUCAACCUCGAUCAACUCGGCCGUCCACAUGCCAUCGAGCACGACGUGUCCGUUACGCGACAAGACCGCGCGUCGGGCGACUACAUCCAUCUCCACCCUGAUCUAUAUCAACAACUUCUCGCCUCUUCGGGGAAUGGAACGUCAUUCUCCAUCUCGGAUAUUGGGAACCUUCGCAAGAAACGGUUCGAGCAGUCCAAGAAGGAUAACCCGGAGCUUGAUUUGGAUAAGAGGAUGCAUUACAUCGCUUGCGCGGAGGUCGGGGGUAUCAUGGGUGUAUUUGGGAAGGGGCUUUACCAUGUUCCGAAGGAGUAUAUCCAGGCGAUCUUUGGUGAGGAGCGUUUGCCGUUUGACGAGGGAUGGCGGCCGCGUUGGACGAAGUUGUAUCUGCCGGAGGCUGGGGCGGUGACUUUGGCUAUUUCGCAUUAUGCAUGGCCGUUUUAGAGGGGUUUGUCCUCCUUGAAUGGUGUAACUGGGUGGGUUUUUGACAUUGGUGUUGAGUUUUUCAUCUUUUGUAUGACUAGAUACUAUGAGACUGUAGUAUCUUUUGAUCUGGGGUAGUCAUCUUUGAUUCUUAAUCUGUGGCGCGCUGGAGCAACAGUUAGAUCGAUCGAGAAAUUCCUGAUCAAAGAUGGGCGACAUGGUGUAUAGAUAUGGUUACUGCAGGGAAUUAUUAUCGUAUACUAAGUAUAUACUC